CCACACUACGAAUUGGCUUUUUUUCAAUUCACCUACACGGAUCUGGUCCUUGCCUAGUAGUGGGAGAACAUCCUCAAACAACCUGCUACACCACACCAGAGAUUGUAACACCCGCAAUUAUGGAGUCUUCGCGUGGCCCCCCAAGGGUCAAAAACAAGGCGCCCAGCGCAAUCCAAAUUUCAGCAGAACAGCUUCUGCGAGAAGCUGUUGAUCGACAGGAACCUGGUCUUCAAGCGCCUACUCAGCGGUUUGCUGAUCUCGAGGAGCUUCAUGAGUUCCAAGGCCGAAAGCGGAAGGAGUUCGAAGACUAUGUGCGGAGGAACAGGAUUAAUAUGAACAAUUGGAUGAGAUAUGCGCAAUGGGAAUUGGAACAGAAGGAAUACAAGCGUGCACGAUCUAUAUUUGAGAGAGCUCUGGAUGUAGAUGCCGCUUCUGUCACCCUAUGGAUCCGAUACAUCGAGGCAGAGAUGAAGACGAGAAAUAUCAACCAUGCCCGGAAUUUGUUAGAUCGCGCUGUUACUAUUCUGCCAAGAGUCGACAAGCUCUGGUACAAAUAUGUCUACAUGGAAGAGAUGUUGGGCAAUAUCCCAGGUACACGGCAAGUGUUUGAGCGCUGGAUGUCGUGGGAGCCAGAUGAGGCAGCUUGGAGCAGUUAUAUCAAGUUGGAGAAAAGAUAUGGCGAGUUUCAGAGAGCCCGGGAGAUCUUUCAACGGUUUACUAUGGUUCACCCAGAGCCCAGGAAUUGGAUCAAAUGGGGCAGAUUUGAAGAGGAGUACGGCACGAGCGAUUUGGUCAGAGAAGUCUUUGGCUCUGCUGUCGAAGCGCUGGGUGACGACUUCAUGGAUGAGCGUCUCUUCAUUGCUUAUGCAAGAUACGAGGCGAAACUUAAGGAGUAUGAGCGGGCAAGAGCAAUCUACAAGUAUGCCUUAGAUCGCUUAGCAAGAUCAAAGUCUCUCGCCCUGCACAAGGCGUAUACGACCUUCGAAAAGCAAUUCGGUGACCGAGAAGGUGUUGAGGAUGUGAUUCUGUCGAAGCGGAGAGUUCAGUACGAAGAACAGAUCAAAGAGAACCCUAAAAAUUACGAUGUCUGGUUCGACUAUGCCAGACUGGAGGAGACAGGUGGCGAUGUCGACCGCGUGCGAGACGUCUAUGAGAGAGCCAUUGCUCAAAUACCACCUACUCAAGAGAAGAGACAUUGGAGACGAUACAUCUAUCUGUGGGUCUUCUAUGCUAUCUGGGAGGAGAUGGAAUCAAAAGAUGUCGACCGAGCUAGGCAAAUCUAUUCAGAAUGUCUGAAACUGAUACCACACAAGAAUUUCACAUUCGCCAAGAUUUGGUUGAUGAAGGCACAAUUCGACAUUCGACAACAAGACCUUACUGCCGCCCGAAAGACCCUUGGACAGGCUAUUGGUAUGUGCCCGAAAGACAAGCUUUUCAAGGGAUAUGUCGAGUUAGAGCUCAAACUCUUCGAGUUCGUUCGAUGCAGAACACUCUAUGAGAAGCACAUUGAAUGGAAUCCAGCAAAUUGCCAAGCCUGGAUCAAAUUUGCCGAAUUAGAGCGAGGUCUGGAUGAUCUAGAGCGAGCGCGAGCUAUUUUUGAGCUAGCUAUUGACCAGCCAGUUCUUGACAUGCCCGAACUUUUAUGGAAAGCCUAUAUCGACUUCGAGGAGGAGGAAGGCGAGUAUGAUCGUACUCGGAAAUUGUAUGAGCGAUUGCUCGACAAGACCGAUCAUGUCAAGGUCUGGAUCAGCUAUGCUCACUUCGAGAUCAAUGUUCCAGACGAAGACGAAGAAGAGACAGAAGAGGAUGAGGAGAAGCCUAUUAGUGAAGGGGCCAAGGCACGUGCCAGGAAAGUCUUUGAGCGAGCUCUUAAGAGCAUGCGCGACAAGGAGCUCAAGGAAGAGAGAGUUUCAUUGCUCAAUGCCUGGCUGUCUUUUGAGAAGACGCAUGGCUCUGAGGACGACAUUGACAAGGUUCAGAAACAAAUGCCACGGAAGAUCAAGAAACGCCGUAAGCUGGAUGAUGACAGCUAUGAGGAAUAUCUCGACUAUGUAUUCCCUGCCGAUGACUUGCAGACUGCGAAGCUAUCGAGUUUCUUGGCCAAAGCUCAAGCAUGGAAGCAAGCUGGUGGGACGAUUACGGGAGAAGGUACGAAUGGCGACUGAAGAAGCCGUAUUGGUCUGCUUAGUGUAUGAUGUGCAAACAGCGAGAUGAACAAUUAUACCAAGGUCUUACUCUUACUCUUUCUGAAUACCUCGACCGUGAUAUCGAAGCAGUUCCUUGUUUCUGGGUCCUGUAUGGACACAUACACUUCUCAGUCUAUGAAGCCGAUCCGGAUAUUAGGAGUUUCGAGUCCUCAACUGAAGCGUCACAUGCCCCCGAGUUCAGCCCCGCUCUAAAAGGAGAAGGAGAAGGAGAAGGAGAAGGAAAGGAAUAGCCCUCGGCUUUUCUCUACUAAACAUCUCUCACUCCCGAGACUCGGG